AUGCCGCCUCCUUCCUGGGGCAUCUCGUUGAGUGAUGCCGCCGUCUCUCAGAAUGGUGGGCUACAGGCAUCUGUUGCAUCGUCAAAUACCACUACAAACUCUGUCGAUGGCAGUCUACAGGUCAUAUGUGCAUGGCCAGUAUCUGGUUCAUAUGGUGCCGGAUCGAGAGUCCUAUUCUACGUGCUCGUAGCAACAGCUGUGUUUGCUCGAAAGCUUGACUGGAUCAAGAGUGCUGCCUUGUCUACUGCAUUGCCUCUCUCAGCUUCAGCUGCAGUUCAUGGCAUCGUUUUGGCAGCUCUGCAUCGCGACAAUGCUGUCGACAUGGACGUAUACGGUGCCUUUCAGAUGUGCGCAAUCGGUACCCUAGUUGUUCCACUGAUGAUCAAGCUCUCCAGGUCGCAUGAGUAUUCCACUUACAUAGGUCGCCGUAUAAUGUUUAUGUGGGCAGGCCUGGUACUCACUGGACUUGUUUGUCUGGCCAUUGAAUUCUUCCGAGCCCAAACAUUUCCCUGUCAUAAGAACGGCCAUUUUCCUUAUGGCGAGAAUACAACAUGCGAAUUGGUUUGCUCCGAAAAUGACGGACCGUUCUCACCCAUUCGAAUCGGAUCAGCAAACAACAUUUACGUGGUUCCUGCUCCUAGAACGCUCACAUUCGGCGCAGCGACCCUCGUAGCGGCCGGGUGUUGCAUCCACACGGUCAUCUGGAUGGUGGUUAUGACCGAACGUUUCAACAUCAGGGCCAAGAGUUAUGAGAUCAAUAAGCCAAUCUCGGGCACCAACGGUGCAACCAAAGGUACCAUGAACGAUGUAAAUCUCAUGGUCCAUGUUUUCCUCUCCGCAGCGGCGGUUCCUUUGUCUGGGUGUACUGCUGUUGCUAUUAUCGUUGUCGGCGAAAUCAAUUUCUUUAGCAAUCCAGUCAAUUACCAAGCUGAGCCUCUGGCAGCCAUCGGUCAAUGGUCAACUCUUGUUGGAACUGGUUUGGCCGCCGUCGGAUCGCUUUACAUUCUUCUAGCAAGGGAUAGGGAUGUUGAGAGUCAAGAGCCUCAACCCAAUGCUAAUCAUAAUGGAACAAGUUGCCAUCAUUGUCCUGAACACGGCAGCUCUCACGGGUCUUCUGCAACGAAUGCUUCCUCCCGUUACAGAGAUAAUGCAUCCCAGACUGGUAUACAGAUGGGAGCUAUGGGUCUAGAAAGAGGUUCACCACCGCUCUUAGAAAGCAACGGCAACAGCGACAAUGACCAGGAUCCAGAUUGCUCCGCUGUACGGAUUACAAGGACAUCUACUUUCUAA